AUAUUAAAAAAUAUUAUAAAAAUAAUAUAUAUUAGAUGACGUUUCUUUCAUUCUGUUAGUUUGAUAGUUUUAUUUACUGGACAGGAUACGUGAUUACAUAUUUGUGUGUUAAACACAAGUAAGAAAUAUCUCACUUUCUCUCACACAUAAACACGCAUGUAUAAAGAAAACUCUUCCGUGCUUUCACUUGGAUAUAUAAUAACGCCCCAAUUAACGUGCAUCAAAAUGAAAAUACCAUAAUGGGAAUUGUAUAAAAAUAAAAAAAAAAAAAAAUACAAAUAUUAAUAUAUAUGAAAUGAAAAGAUUAGAAAAAACAAUUGCAUUAACAACUGCACAAAAUAAUUGUACCAAUGGGAUAGAUAAUUUAAUGAAUUAUAUAGAAUGAUUUGCUUUAAUUGCAAAAAAUAAAACGUAUCGAGUAAAACAUGUAAAAUACGGACUAGCUCCACGCAAGAGUACUUUUGUAUGAAAACAUUUAAUAAUGAAUAAUUACAAUAUCUGUAUUAAUAAUUAUCUCUCGCGAUUUGUCAUCGCUUUAUAUUCUUCGAUGCUGCUUGCUGAAUAAUUUCGAACUUCGAACAGCCGCGUAAUAUUGAUAAUUAUAAUCAACUUUAAAUAAUGUGCUUCUUUUUAUAGUUUCUUCAACCAUCAUGAUUUUUCUAUUCUUGUUUUUUAUAUAUAUCAUUGUACCUUACAAUGAUUACGCAUACAAAGAUUAAGUAUACAUUUAAAAACUAGUUUUUGUCGAUCGAUAACUUAAUAAACGUAAAUAAUGUAGUAAUAAUAGAAGUAUCAAAUGCAUAAAAUGAAUUUCAGUUAAUAUUUCUUUAUCAGUUGUCAUCUUCUAGUCGUGCGAAUAAAACCACGUCGGGAAAACGAUUUCUUGUAUAAACUGUUGCUGCGUUAUCGAUUGUUCUGUUUAUUAAAAUGAACGGUGAUCAACUGGAAAUGAAAAUUAGAACCAGAAAGGAUUUUGCCUCGACUGUCUAUGUCGCAUCGGCAACAAAGAUGAAGCAAUCUUCUUUAAAGUUUAUUAUAAUUCUGGUCAUCGGUCUGAUGUUAUUAGUGGUUGGCUCUAUUGCAGCAUCAUUUUGGUCUUCCAUUUUUAAUUGGUUUUUAUUACGAGAAUUAACAUUGACGCCAACUUCAACUAUUUAUAAUCUUUGGAAAGAAACACCUAUACCGAUGCAUCUGAAAUUUUAUUUUUUUAAUUUAAGUAAUCCUGAUGUCUUUAAUGAUUUAUCAAAGAACAAGCCAAUGCUUGUAGAAAUGGGACCAUAUGUGUUUAGAGAAAUUGACUAUAAGAUAAAUCAAGUAUGGAACGACAAUGGUACUGUAACAUUUCAAAGGAGAAAAGUAUGGUAUUUCGAUGAAAAUUUAUCAAAAGGAAAGUUAACCGAUAAAGUAACUAAUUUAGAUCCAAUUGUAGUGACAAUGGGACAAUUAAUGAAAAAUAAACCUAUAAUAAUACGUGAAAUUGCUAAUAAAUUAAUUCAAGCCGUGAAUAAAGGUUUAACAAUGACAAAAACAGUAGGCGAAGUUUUGUUUGAUGGUUAUAAGGAUGAAUUACUUAUUGUUGCAAAAAAAUUUAAUUUGACGAAUAUACCUUUCACCAAAUUUGCCUGGUUUUAUGAUAGAAAUAAUUCGGAUACUUUUGAUGGAACAUUCAAUAUGUUAACUGGAAAGAAUAAUAUACAUGAAAUGGGAAUUGUUAAAGAGUGGAAUUUUCAGAAUAAAACAAAUUAUUACAAAGAUUCUUGUGGUGUGAUAAAUGGUACGAAUGGAGAUUUAUGGCCACCUUUAAUGGAUAAUAAAACGGCAUCUAUAUUUGUACCUGACAUUUGCACAUAUGUAACAUUGACAUAUCAAAAUCAGUCUUUGUAUCAAAGUAUAGAAGGUAGUAAAUUUAUUUCCGAUGAAACUAUGUUAGAUAACGGUGAUAUUGUAAAGUCACGAAAAUGCUUUUGCAUGAAUGAAACAACAUGCGAGCCGUCUGGAGUAUUAGACGUUUCUAAAUGUAAAUACGGAGCACCUGCAUUUAUCAGUUUGCCACAUUUUUAUUUGGCAGAUAGUAGUUAUGGAAGAGCGGUAGAAGGACUGAAACCAUUAAGAGAAAAACACGAGACUUUUGUGAUCAUCGAACCGAAAUCUGGCGUCCCAUUAGAAGUGAAAGCUCAAUUGCAAUUAAAUCUUAUGGUAGAGCCAAUCGACGGAAUGAGUAUAUUUAAAUACGUACGAAAAACGUAUAUGCCUAUGCUGUGGUUUACGCAAGAAGCUACUUUAACUUCUGAUUACGUUAGUCAAGUUAAAUUUUUAUUGAUAUUACCAAAAUUGGGACUCAUUACUUGUAUUGGUAUCAGUGCUAUAGGAAUUUUAAUAACUUUUAUCGGUAUAUUUGUUUAUAUUCGUCAAAAGUGGCAAACGGAAGAUAAUCAAAUAUUAUUAGUUAGAGAUGAUACAAAUCCUGUUGAUAGAAUCAACGAAUGAUCAAAAGAAAUAUUAACGAUUAAUGUUACAAUUCAGAUUUAUUUUAUAUGCUAAGAAGCAUAUAUUUACAACUGAAAUUGUCUUCUUUAUCAUAAUUGUUUCAUAUUUCUGCUUACGGCUACAACAGCGAGAAACUAAUUUUUAUAUACAUAGGACAAACUAAGCAAAUCGUUAAUUACAAACUUUUAAAAUGAUUAGAUUUUUAGAAUGAUAAUGAAGUGCCUAUUAUUAAACUAUAAAGAUCAAUUUAAAGAAUGUACGAUUAUUAAAGACUAUGCUAAUGUAAUAUAAACUGUUAAUUAGUUAGAAAUUUAUGAUGUUUUAUCGAAUAGCAAGCG